AUGUACGCUUUUGGUUUGACUGCCUUGUCUCUACUCUGGGCUUGUGGUGCUCAAGCAGCUGGGCGUCGACCUGUUCCACCUCCCGCUAUAGCAGAGGCAACGGCUACCUAUGGUACUUCCUUUUUCGAGCAACUCAUCGACCACAAAGACCCGAGCCUGGGAACCUUUUCUCAGCAGUACUGGUGGAGCGAUGAGUGGUGGACGGGAGAGGGCUCACCGGUUGUGCUUUUUACCCCUGGUGAAGAGGCAGCUGCCGAGUAUACCGGCUAUCUGACAAAUAGGACUCUUACUGGUCUUUUUGCCGAGGAAAUUCAUGGCGCAGUGAUUCUUCUUGAGCACAGAUAUUGGGGCAACUCAACUCCAUACACUGAUUUGACAACAGAAAACUUGCAGUAUUUAACUCUAGAAAAUUCCAUUGCCGAUCUCGUCUACUUUGCUGAGAAUGUGGAUCUUCCUUUUGAUACAAACCACAGCAACAAUGCCCAAAAUGCCCCUUGGGUCUUGAGUGGAGGAUCUUAUAGUGGAGCUCUGACUGCCUGGACCGAGUCAGUCUCCCCUGGUACUUUCUGGGCAUACCACUCCACCAGUGCUCCCGUGGAAGCAAUUUAUGACUACUGGGGAUACUUUGUUCCCGUUCAGGAGGGAAUGGCAAAGAACUGCAGUAGGGAUGUCGAGAGAGUGAUAAAACACAUCGACGAAGUCUACGAGUCCGGAAAUGAGAAAAAGAUUCAGAAGCUGAAGGACAUGUUCGGACUCGGCGAUUUGGAGUUUGAUGAUUUUGCAAGUGCCUUGGAAAAUGGACCUUGGUUGUGGCAGUCUAACGACUUCUACACUGGAUAUUCCUCCUUCUUUGAGUUCUGUGACUAUGUUGAGAAUGUUGAGGCGGGUGCGAAGAAGGUCCCAGGGCAUGAUGGAGUUGGCCUUGAAAAGGCACUUGCGGGAUAUGCCAAGUGGUUCAAAGAGGUUUAUUUCCCUGGAUCGUGUACCGGGUACGGCUACUGGACCGACGACAACACCACUGCUUGCUACGACACGUACAACGCCUCAAGCCCCCUCUUUACCGAUACAUCAAUGAACAACGCCAUUGAUCGACAGUGGAACUGGCUUCUUUGCAAUGAGCCUUUCUUCUACUGGCAAGAUGGCGCUCCAUCUGGCACUCCCUCAAUCGUCUCACGGACUGUAAAUGCCGCUUAUUGGCAGCGACAAUGUUCCCUCUUCUUCCCUGAGACCAAUGGCUACACCUACGCUAGUGCAAAGGGCAAGACUGCAGCUGAAGUCAAUGAAUACACCAAGGGUUGGGAUUUAACCGACACUACGCGAUUGAUUUGGGCGAACGGACAAUUCGAUCCCUGGAGAGAAUCAGGAGUUUCAUCUAGCUUGCGCCCCGGUGGACCUCUCGAAUCCCGGCCUUCGGCGCCUUUGAAUAUCAUUCCCGGUGGCUUCCAUUGUUCUGACCUCAUUCUUAAGAAUGGUGCAGUCAAUUCGGGUGUCCAAAAAGUCAUUGAUGCUGAGGUUGCACAGAUUAAGACUUGGGUGGCCGAGUAUUACAAAUAA